AUGUCUUUUCAACUCGUCUUUAGAAAUGUUUUUAGAAAUCUUUCGUUAAAUAUAUAUUUUAAGCAGGACUAUAUGUUUGAUGUGCAGUGCGGAGGGGGACGAACAGCGCAGCCGUCUGUGGUGCAGCUGGUGUACGUCACGCCCUCUGUGUGCUCUACGUCAUGUUCAUGCGUCCUCUAACCACAACAACAACCCAGCUCUGAUGCCUGCUGUAAAUACAUUAUUAUGAUUCCUAUUCAACCUCAUUGAGGACAGUUAGAUCAUAUAAAUGACGGCGGAGUAUAGACAGAUGAUAUUGUAAUUCGUAUGAUUAAAUAAGCAGUUAAUGCUGCAGUGAUGGAGAAUGAUGAAGAUCUGGAGGCUCUGGGAGAGAAACUGUAUGAUCUGAUAUAUCCUAAAUACACUGAGAUGACACCUAAACUUACAGGUAUGUUGUUGGAGCUGCCGGUUUCUGUUGUAUCUCAGAUGUUGUAUGAUGAAGCUCUGCUGAAUAAAGCACUGGAAAGAGCACUGACCGCUCUCACAUCAUCGGACAACAGUGACCCUGUGUCUCACACUGAUGAUGCGGUGUCUGUGUCCUCCGACUCUCUGGGUGAACAGCUGUUUGACCUCAUUGACCUCUACAACACUGGACACACACAGAAAAUAACAGGCAUGUUAUUGGAGCAGAAGAAGGAGGCGGUGCUUCAGCUGCUAUCGGAUCAUUCGCUCCUCGAGGAACGAGUCAAGAUCGCCUUGAAAACCUUGCAGGAGCAGGGUGACGAGGCGACAGAUGUGAGUGACAGCUCUGAUCGAGAGGAAGUGGAAUCCAUUGGCGAGACGCUUUUCAAUAUUGUGCGUCAGUUAGACCCCACCCACUGCGCUGACAUCACUGGAGGGCGCUUUGAAUCCAACACGUACAGAAAUGUCAGAAUGAGGCUUGGAAUCUCUGCAGACCACGUGACUGCAAGGAACUUUGUACUUGGGAACUUUAGGCCUAGAUUGCUGUAUUUUUUUACUUGCAUACAAGACAUUGUUUACAUGGACUUCCUUUUUAGGAUUUUUGCCACUUUUUUUGAUAUGAAAAGUGGAGAGGAAAUUCUAAAGAAAAAAAGGAGGGGAUUGUGUCAGAAUACAUCACAGGCUGGAUGCAAACCUCCUUCACCUGCAUGAGCACCUCAGCUAAAGGCAUCUAGAGCAUGUGCAUUAACCACUAUGUCAUGGCUUUUGACAUUCCAGGGGCGUCCACACAUUUUUACGAGCAUGUUUACAAUAUUUUGAUGAUUUGUGCAUGAAU